AGGCACUUUUGGAGGAAGUGCUGAUAUAAGAAGCUGCAUAAGGAAAAGUGUGUAAGAAGAAAUCAAAAUAAUUUCCAUUGAAAUGUCUUUGGUCAAUGGGCAGUUCUGGUACAGAUGGGGAAAUGACUGCUUUUUGCUUACUAUUAUUAGUUGGGGACUCCUCUUUCAUGUGGAUGCCUGGACUUACCACUAUGGGGCUGAAUCAGACCUAUCCUGGAAAGACGCUCGGACAUUUUGCCAGACCUGGUAUACUGACCUGGUAGCAAUCCAGAACAAAGAAGAAAUUGCCUAUCUCAAUGACAACUUACCAAAACAUUCAAAGUACUACUGGAUUGGGAUCCGGAAAAUAAACAAUAUCUGGACAUGGGUAGGAACCAGAAAAGCCCUGACCAAAGAGGCAGAAAACUGGGCUUAUCGGGAACCUAACAACAGGCUGUCCAACCAAGACUGUGUUGAGAUUUAUAUUAAGAGGGACUUCGAAGCUGGAAAAUGGAAUGAUGAGCCUUGUGGGAAGAAGAAACGGGCACUCUGCUAUAAAGCUUCUUGUCAACCUUACUCCUGCAACAAACGUAGUGAAUGCGUGGAGACCAUUGGGAACUAUACCUGCCAAUGCUACCCUGGUUUCUAUGGCCCUUUGUGUGAAAAUGUUGUAAAAUGCAACACGUUUGGCCGUCUCCAUCAAGCCCUGCUCAUGAAUUGCAUUCAUCCGCUGGAGCAGUUCAGUUACAGAUCUCAUUGCAGCUUCAGGUGUGACAAAGGUUUUACAAUGACUGGCCUGGACAACUUGCAAUGUUUGUCAUCUGGGCAAUGGACAGCAGAAGUACCUCAGUGUGCAGUUAUGCAAUGCGACCAUUUGCAGAAUCCUAAAAAUGGGGAGAUGGCCUGCUCUCACCCAUUUGCAGAGUUUGCUUACCAAUCCACCUGUCAGUUUGCAUGUCAACCUGGCUUUCUCUUGACUGGAGCAAACACAACCUUCUGUUUGGCAACCAGGCAUUGGAGUUCUCCAUUACCAGCAUGCCAGGCUAUUGAAUGCCCAAACUUGGAUAUUCCUAAGAAUGGAGAAUUAAACUGUUCUCAUCCACAUGGACGUUUUGCUUAUAAUUCCAGUUGUGCGUUCUCCUGUGAUAUAGGCUUUGUACGCAUUGGGACAAGUCAACUUCAGUGCACAGAUUUGGGAAAGUGGAGUGCAGCCACACCUAGUUGUGAAGCUGUCCAAUGCCCACCACUGAAAACCCCAGAAAAUGGCAAAGAAAAUUGCUCUAAUCCUUAUGGACAUUUUGCAUAUUACUCCAGCUGCACCUUCUCCUGCAACUCUGGGUUUCAGUUAGCUGGGUCAGAGAAGCUGAACUGCACAGAUCAGGGAAACUGGACUGGACAGACACCCAUCUGUGAAGCAAUCAAGUGCCCUGAAUUGCAGGCUCCAAAGAACGGACAGUUCAAAUGCUCUCAAUCUUAUGGAAACUUCACAUAUAACUCCAGCUGCGUCUUCUCCUGUGAGAGGGGUUUUAAAAGAAUUGGAUCCAAAAGGCUGAACUGUACGGCCACAGGAGAGUGGGCAGGAUUUGCACAGUUUUGUGAAGCCAUAAAGUGUCCCCCCCUUAAAGAGACGGAAAACAUGAAAAAGAACUGCUCCCAUCCCUGGGGCCUCUUCAGUUAUAGCUCCACAUGUCACUUCUACUGCACUGAGGGCUUCCUUCUCAAUGGAACGAGUAAGAUGCAAUGCCAGCCUGAUGGCCAGUGGUCUACUGAGAUGCCUGUUUGUCAAGAAAACGCUGCCAUUUACCUAAAGCAAGUUUUGCUUUAUACUGGUGGAGUCACAGCAUCCCUUGUUCUUUUUAUGAUCUUUGGGGGCCUGAUAGCUCUAGCAAUUAAGCGUCUCAGCAAAAGAGAAGAGAAAAAGAAGCUGUUAAGUCAUACCAGUGAGUUGGGGGUACCUGGUACAUAUUCCAAUUCAGCAUUUGACUCAGUAUCCUAAGAACUCAUCUGGAACAUGCUAUGAAGAAAAACGCUGAUGCAAUGGAAUAUUCAUACACCUCAGUUCAGUUCUGUUAAUAUUAGGAUUUGGGCUCACUGAAAGUCAGAGAAAAUAAAUUAAUAUUUGAAACAUGUAGCUUUAAAAGAUAUGUUGCAUGGAGCAGAUAACAGAUAAUCAGAGUUGGAAGGGACCUUGUAGGUCAUCUAGUCCAACCCCCCCGCCCAAGUGGGAGACCCUACACCAUUUCUGACGAAUGGC